CACCGAGCGAAGGGGCUGGGAGACGAGAGCUGCCGAGCGCAGAGGGGGAACGGCGCCCGCUUUUAUCCCCGUUGGCCCGAGAGGAAGGCGGCCCAGCCUUUCCAACGAAACCGCUCGGGCGUUGCGAGGUUGCAGCCUCAUCUUGAUGAAGAGGAAGUAAGAAACCUGACACUGAGGGUGCUCUCUUACGGAGACCCAUGUCGCCUCAUUGUGCCCUAUUCCUAGGGGCCUUCCAGUAUGUCCUGGUUUAGUGGCAUCCUGGUGCCCAAAGUGGACGAGCGGAAGACUGCUUGGGGGGAGCGCAAUGGGCCCAAGCGCCAUCGCCCAGCACUUUGCGGCCCACGCUACAUGAGCUGCCUACAGGACCAAGAGCUGGAGCGCAGAGGCAGCGGGGCGCUGGCGUUGAACUGUUCUUGGCAGGAAGACCACUAUGGCAGGAAACAACCGCCGUCGCUUCCGCCUGGUUCUGGAACCGGAGAUUUGGGGCUCAAAGCUGUGGACCUGGGAUUUGAGGAUGGUGGCGGCAUGGCGGUUGAGGCCAAGAGGCUGUCUGUCAGUGACUGCGGCUGGCACCUCCUGCAAGUGUUCCGCUCUAAGCGCUUCCGCUCAGCCAAGUUGGAGCGCCUCUACCAGCGCUACUUCUUCCAGAUGAACCAGAGUUCGCUGACGGUGCUGAUGGGCGUCUUGGUGCUAGCGUGUGGCAUCAUGCUGCUCUUCCACUGUGUGCCUGGCACUCCCUUUGUGUCCUACACCACUGCCCUUGCCGUGGCUGCUACCCUCUUCCUCUCCCUCAUGGUCCUCUGCAACCGGACUGGCUUCCACCAGAACUGCAUGUGGGUGGUGAGCUAUCUGGUCAUUGUGGCGCUGUGCGGAGUGCAGGCUUUGGGCACGCUUAAGGUCUCGCCACGGAGUGCCUCCGAGGGGGUCUGGUGGAGCAUCUUCUUCAUCUACAUCAUCUACACCCUUCUGCCCGUGCGCAUGCGGGUGGCAGUGCUGGCUGGAGCCUUACUGUCCGUCCUUCACCUGGUGAUUUCUUGGUACCAGAACAAUACAGAUUCCUUCGUUUGGAAGCAGGAACGACUUCUGCUCUCAGUGCUGCCCCAACAUGUUGCCAUGGAAAUGAAGGAGGACAUCAACACCAAGAAGGAAGACAUGAUGUUCCACAAGAUCUAUAUCCAGAAACAUGACAACGUCAGCAUCCUCUUUGCUGACAUUGAGGGCUUCACCAGCUUGGCAUCCCAGUGCACGGCACAAGAACUGGUCAUGACGCUGAAUGAACUGUUUGCUCGGUUUGAUAAGCUGGCUGCGGCGGAUCCACAUUACCCAGGCAACUCUGCAGUACCUGAAUGAAGACUAUGAAGUAGAGCCAGGACACGGGGGUGAGCGCAAUGCUUACCUGAAGGAGCAUAACAUUGAGACCUUCUUCAUUGUGGGCUGCAGCCAGAAACGGAAAGAAGAGAAAGCAAUAUUAGCCAAGCUGCAGCGAGCCCAGGCAAAUUCCACCGAAGGGCUGGUACCCCGUUGGGUCCCCGAGCGCUCGUUUCCACGGAACAAGGACUCUAAGGCGUUACGACAGAUG